AGAAAGAAGCCUUCAACAAACGGGCCUACACUGAGAGAGAAACCAGGGGCUCGACUGAUUCAACUAGCCAGAGACUGGAUAAGAUAUCUAGAAGCAAGUCAUCUAAGGCUGGGAAUGAGUCAGGAACUAUGGAUACUCUUUGGCAGGCUGUAUCAACAUUAAUGCUUUAUCUAGUAUCAUGUUUAAAAUGCAGCUUAGUCUAUAUUCAGAAGUUUUUAGGGUUUGAAGGUAGUUUAGUUUGGGUUAAGCAGAAUGUAGCAAAAUUGGCUAGAGUGUGGGGUCCUUCUAAUGUGGAUCCAUUGAGAAAUGGGUCAAAUGGCAGCCAAACAGAGGCAUGGAAAGCAGACCAGGAGUCCAGGACCUAUUGUUACCACAGUAAUGGACCAAUGGUUGCACUGCAGACCAGCACACACAUAUUCUAUGCUGAUUUGGAAAGGCUGGCAGAAUGCAGUGAGUAUUUCAGGGCUUUGUCCCAGUCCUGCAUGAGAGAAACUGAAGAUCAUCUAGUGAACCUGUCCCAUGUACCGUCCAGAGUUUUCCACAGCCUCCUGCAGUUCUGCUUCCUACACAGAUUCAGUGUACCAGAUCACCUCAUUGAGGAGCACCUUCGGGUGAGCACCUAUCUGUUGGUUCCGGGCUUCACUAGUCGCUUGCUAUUGGCCCUAUCUGAGAUCCUCACGGAGCGUACCUGCCUGGAUUACCUACGGCUGGCUGAGGAGCUGUGCACUGAUGAACUCCAAGAGACUGUGCUGGUCUACCUGAGCAAGAACCUUCUGGAGCUUCCUCGCCUGAACAGAAACCUGGAGCUCCAUCUACAGCAGGAGCUUCUGCUGAUGCGAUCACAGGGCACCCCACAGCUGUGCUGCUUCAGGAAAGAGAACCUGAUCUCAAGAGACAACCAGGAAACGGACCGUGCGAGGAGGCUGUUCAGAUUAGAAGAGGAGGACUGGAAAUGGAGCUCAGUUACAGAUCUGCCUUUCACUGCAGAUAAGUGGUGCUUCACCACAGCUGUCCUGUUUAAUUACCUCUACAUUAUUGGGGGCUAUCGGCACCACGCGAAAAGGGGGUAUGAAUUUAAGAUGGCCUCCUUUCGUUAUAAUCCCUUGACGGAUAAAUGGGUGAAAACUGCACCUCUCAUCAAGCAUAGGAGGCACUUCAGUGCAGCCGUGUGUGAGGGUCAUAUUUACGCUGUUGGGGGCUGGUAUCUGGACUCGCUGGUGACCCCCGACUCUACCACAGGAGUGUACACAGCUGUGGAGCGUUAUGACCCGUGGGCAGACUCCUGGUCCUUCGUCUCCUCUCUCCCCCUCACAGAUUUCCAGUUUACUCUUUCCCUUUCUCAUGAUUCCCCCCUUACCACCAGUCUAGGGACCUGUCUGUACGUGCUGGGCAACAUCCAGAGAACUGGGGAGAAACUGGUGUUGCGUUAUGAUACAACCCAAGACAGCUGGAGUGAGCUGUAUCCCACUCUCACUCGCGCAAGUGCCGAUAUCCCCAUCCUCCACUUCCUGGGAGCCACAGACAAGUUGAUCGUAAUUGGCGGGAACAAUUUUGAAACCGUUGUGACGUCCUUUUGUGUGGACACUCAGAAGUGGGGUCAGAUCCGAAGCAUGGAGAAAACUGCUCUGAUUGGUCAAGGCACCGUGUUUAAUGAUGAGGUUUACAUGUCAGGAAAUCAGGAGGAUGUAAUCUUCCGCCUGGAUCUCCAAAAUCUGUCUUUCUCUCUGCUCCCUGCACUUCCUGUCUCCACGUACUACGAGAGCUUUUUCCACCUCUUCUUCUGAGUCAUGUACUGUGAUCCCUAUCGGCUCCAAGCAGGAGCAACAUAAGGGCGGGUACGGACAAUAUGUCAUGCAAAGACUGUUGAGUAAAUAUAUUGUAAAGUUGAAGGUCUUUUAUAGGACACUGAGUAACUGAUAUGCUGGAAAUAAUAAACACUAUUUGUAGAUGUUC